CUUCUCUGUUUACAUCAAUGGCUCUGUUCCUCUUCAUGAAUACAACACAUGCUCCAGAGACAACAAGGCAUUACACAUUCAACGUAACAAUGGCGAAUGUGACACGUUUAUGCCACACAAAAAGCAUUGCAACUGUGAAUGGCCAAAUUUUUCCAGGGCCUAAGAUUGUUACUAGAGAAGGUGAUAGGGUUGUGGUAAAUGUUAUCAACAAUGUUAAAACCAAUAUCAGCAUCCACUGGCAUGGAAUAAGACAGCUUCGUAGUGGAUGGGCUGAUGGUCCUGCUUAUAUUACUCAAUGCCCCAUUGAAACUGGCCAAAGCUACACAUACAACUUCACCAUUAAAGGACAAAGAGGCACUCUCUGGUGGCAUGCCCACAUCUCAUGGCUGAGGUCCACUGUGUAUGGUCCCAUCAUCAUACUGCCAAAACAAGGAGUUCCUUAUCCUUUUCCCAGGAUAUACAUAUAUGAGUUUUAUGCAGGUGAGUGGUGGAAUGUGGACACAGAGGCAGUUAUCAGCCAAGCUUUACAGACUGGUGGAGGCCCCAACGUCUCUGAUGCAUAUACUAUCAAUGGACUCCCUGGUCCAUUAUACAACUGCUCCUCCAACUCCAAAGAUAUAUUCAAGCUGAAGGUGAAACCAGGGAAGACUUAUCUUCUCCGUAUAAUCAACGCUGCACUCAAUGAUGAACUGUUUUUCAGCAUAGCAAACCACAGCCUCACAAUUGUUGACGUAUGCAUGGAGCCAUUUGAUACUAAAACACUCACAAUAACUCCAGGCCAGACUACAGGCACUUUCUUCUUCACUGUGGGGUUAGGCUCAACCCCAGAGAACCAGACAUGCCAGGGUCCAAAUGGAACAAAGUUCACUGCAACAAUGAACAAUGUGUCAUUCUCCAUGCCAGCCACUGCUCUCCUCCAAUCCCACUUCUCCGGUCAGUCAAAAGGUGUUUACUCACCGGACUUUCCGAUCAUCCCACUCAUGCCAUUCAAUUUCACUGGUUCUCCUCCUAACAACACCUUAGUCAGUAAUGGAACCAAAGUAGUGGUGCUGCCUUAUGCCAUUGGCACUAGUGUGCAGCUAAUAGUGGAGAGGAACACUGUUGGUGCGCCAGCAGGUGGUUGGGUGUCCAUUCGGUUCUUAGCUGAUAACCCUGGAGUGUGGUUCAUGCAUUGCCACCUCGAGGUGCACACGAGCUGGGGUCUGAAGAUGGCGUGGGUGGCGUUGGAUGGGAGCAUGCCUGACCAAAAGUUGCCUCCGCCGCCACAUGAUCUCCCCAAGUGCUAGGCUUUGACCAUGGAGUCAAGAUUCUCUUUUGAUGGCUUGACCUU